CAGUCCUCUUCCAACUUCUAUCGUGAGCGGAUGUUUUGCCGCACAGCAAACAGUGCCGAGAUAAAAAGUUGACUUUUUGUAUAAAAAAUCGUGUUGUGACUUUUUGAAAUCCAGUCUGGACUUUGGAUUUUUAUUUCUUUAACCACAUCGACAUACCCAAUGAUUCAGUUGUAAAGCUCCUGCUAACUGCGUCCCAUAAUGAGGUGUUUGUGAUCUUCUUACAUUGGGCGUGAUCGGCGCCAGCAUACAAGAUGACAUCAGAGAGGGCAAUCCCGCAUUUGCGUGACAUCUUCGGUCUGAACCAGCAGUACGAUGGAAAGGCUUAUGACGAUAAUGAGGAUAAAACCAAAAAGUCGGUUAAAAAGAAGAAAGAGGACUACCGCACCUACUCUAAUGGUGACGUAAAAACACUAGAGAGACACCUCAGCAUGAAAAAGACCAUACGAAAAAAGAUUAUGCGCGAUCUGCAACAGGCGUUCGUUGAAGACCCUAAUGAGUUUAAGGUCGAGAAUACGAGUCCUGAAAAGUUGAAAGCGGAACUCAGUGCGGAAGCUGUAAAAAUCGAAAAGAAUGUGCGGAAGAAUGAUCCAACUUUCUUAGACAUGCUUCGAGGCGAAACCAGAGGAGAGGAAACGAGGGAAGAGCAGCCGCCGGCAGAGAAGACUAGCUUCUGGCGGCGUCUUACCAUGAAAAACAAGAACAAAAGAUAAUUUAUUUAUGGACGCCUAUUACACUUUACUCCGUUUUUAUAAAUCUACUAUUCUUAAACGUUGACUUUGUCGUAACUUCUUUGUUGUAUUCAACCACGAUUUUCUGGAAACGAUAAAAAAAACCUUUGUUAUCUCUGUCCGGCUUAUGGCAACUAUCUUAAGGUUUUUAUCUGCGGUAUUUUGGACUUGAGAUUAAAUAAGUAAAACGAUGCCAAAUAUGACAAAAUGUAUUGAAGUUGAAAAUAGUGAAACGAAUCUUAAUUAAUUGCUAGUAUUCUUGGUACAUUACAUGAGAUAAUUAAUCAUAAUAUUUUGUUUUGAUGUUAGGUAGAUAAUAUUUCCUUCAAUAAUGAAUUACUUAUCAAAUACUUUUAUUUGAUAAGAGUUUACUUAAUAAGGACAAUGUUUAUUUAGGUUGAAGUUAUAUCUUCGUAUUCUAAAUUACAUGGGAUUCUACCAGAUCAAAUAUUGUCUUUAAGCGCUUAAGAGCGUCUUCGACGGCACCGAUCUUUAAGUCUAAUGGACUUUUUAUUAUUUUAAAACCACAAAAGUUAAAUCAAAACUGAUAUAGCAAUAUAUAAAGUAAUAACAAAGUUAGGUUUUUUAUCUUUUGAAUGGAAAAUCAAUCUCGCAUUAACUUAAAGCCGUUUUGAGCUGAUAACUCAGUCGGACAGAGCAACACUUGAACAUAUAUGUAUGUAUAUAUGUAGAUUUCACAUUUGCACAUAAAGGAGUUAUAUAAUAAAAAUAAACGGAACUUUUUUUAUAAUGCUGACGUUAUCAACAAAAGUCAUUUAUUUUGGAUGUAAGCCUAUUUAUCUUCUAAAUAUCGGUUCUUAACAAAGAAAAAAAAUUGGUGCGUUUUAUUAAAAUAAAUAAAAUGUUAAUUAUAUUACAUUAUAUCUGUAAAAUAAACAUGUCUAUUACGUAGAUUUAUUAAGUAAAUAAAUAUUGGCUCGUUUGCCCAUUUUAUAUCGAUAUAAGAUAAUUUUAUAUGAAUAACAUUAUACAAUGUAUUCGGUUUAAUUAUGAACGUACACGUUUACUCUAAAUAUCAAUAAAAACAAAAUAAAAUCUGGUAUCAAAUGUUUGUCAUGUUUAAGUUCAGGAUAAGAGUAGUAUUCAAUUUCGACCUCGGAGUAAAAUGAAGACUGUUUUUCAAAUAGUGUACAUUAUAAAUUAGUUUCAUAUCCAUAAUGUUUACAUAUUGUCAUUUUUAAAACAUAAUUUCUAAUUUCUGCUCUAGUAUUUAAUCUUUUUACAUCUGUUGUAUCUAUUUACAUGUAACAACUAUCGCAUAAUAUUUGUAAGGCGCUUAUUUUUUAAAUCAAAGUAACAUGCUAAGGUUUUAAGACCUAUCCUUAGUAACGGAGUAAUGUGAAGAAUAUUAUCGGCCAUUGUUACUUAUUAUAAAAAAUGAAAUCUCAUUCUACAUGUGAUGUAAAAUUAAGUCUUAUAAUUUACGUAGGUUUAAGUAUUUCUUAAGUGGUAUAAUUAUGUGAGGUAGUACGGCAAUUCCUUGUUGUGACAGUUUAUAACUAUAAUGCAAUAUAAAAUUUUACACAUUU